AUGCUCGUGUAUCGCAACUCCUUGGACCCGCAUUGCAUCAUUUCUUCCACCAUGCAACACCACCAAACACAGCACAACUUUGUCACAGUUCCAAACAACCAACAACAUACCCAUUCCAACAUGUCCCCCACUAGCCCUUCAAGUUCCGUGGCGUCCUCCGAAAUGUCGACCACCACACCAACAGCAGCCUCGUCCUCUGUCAUGCGCCGAUGUACGUACCCCCAAUGCGAUAAAAAAGUGCGGUCCAAAGGCCUGUGCAAAGCCCAUGGCGGCGGGAUCCGGUGCCUUGUCCAAGGGUGCAACCGUAGCUCGCAAGGCAAGGGGUACUGUAUCCGACACGGCGGGGGGAAACGCUGCUCCAUAGCAGGAUGCAACCGAUCGUCCCAGUCCAAUGGACUGUGUAAAUCCCACGGAGGAGGGCUGCGCUGCCAAGUGCCGCACUGUGACAAGAGCUCCCAGGGCGGGGGGUACUGUCGUCUGCAUGGGGGCGGACAUCGAUGCCAACACGAUCAGUGCGAAAAAGGCGCCCAGCGCGGGGGGUACUGUGCGGCUCACGGCGGCAACCGAGCAUGCCAGUUCCCCGACUGCGUUAAGAACGACAGAGGAGGGGGCUACUGCGCCGAACAUGGCGGCGGCCGACGUUGCACCACUCCGUCGUGCAACAAACCCGCUCGAAAGCAAGGCAAGUGCUCGCAUCAUGCGCCGUCGUCGCUGGCGGUGAUACCACCGAUGAUGUAUGACGUGGCAGCAGCCUCAUCAGGCGCGUCGUCGCUGGACGGAUCGUUCGGUCAAUCGUUCCUGGAACACCAAAGCUACCAUCACCAGUAUCAACCACCAUCAUUUCAAGCCGCCACCACAACGCACCCCCACAAUAUUCACCCAGACGGCCAAUAUCCUCGCAACAUCACCGGGUAUCACACCAGCCACAACAGGGAACGAGUUUUUUACCAAGAGAGCGACCUGUCGAGUAACGCGUCGACGACACCGCGAGGGUUUUCGGAUGGUGCCCAUAUGCCAGUGUACUUUACCAAAGCGGAGCCACAUCCGAAUCAAAUGGGCCCGCCUCCACCCAUCCAGACAUCGUUCCGAUAUGGCAGUAUGCAACCCCCAUCGUAUGAGGCUACUCCAACCCCCAACGCAUUCAAUCAUCCUGGCCACCACCAAGGCCUUUCACACCAGGUGUUGGGGAUGCAUCCCUCGGUCACCCUCAUCCCAGAUCCUCUACCAUACCCGUACCCCGAACAGCGGAGCACGGCACUUCCACCGUCCAUGCUGAUGCUUCACCAUCAUCCGCCGACCUCUGGACACCCGCCACAUGGGCACAAUAUGCAGCAGCAGCACUCGUACUUGUCGACCAGCCAACACGCGACUAACCUCACCCCCCAACCCAACCCCCACCACCUCGAACGGGACAUGAUGUAUCAUUACUGA